AUGGUAAGAAAAGGAAAAAAGACUUUGUUGGAGAAAUGGGAGAUUCCCAUAAACCACCUGGAUUUCGAUUACGUUAAACAGUGCACAGAUUCUAAAGAAUUAGAGAGGAUUUGUCUGAUCUUGCGAUCUGGUGAGGAAGGAUACUACCCAGAUUUGACUAAAUGCACAGAAGACCGUUUGAAGUGUCUAAAACCGAAUAGCAAAAUCUUCCGUACCGAUACUCUCGUGCUGAGACAAGGACAAUUGGAUCAAGAAACCUCUCGAGAAAUUCGUCAAAAUCUCGCUGAAUUUACUCAAAGUGCUAAACAGAAGGAAAAUGACCUUAAGAAGUCCAGGAACAGCUUAGACAUUGACUAUCCUCCCGUAAGGCAACCUAGAGAAACUUCCAAUGCAGGAAAUUCCAGGAAGAAAUCUGAAGACCGCAUUAAAUCCUUUGAGUAUCAAAAGUGGGACAAAUACGAUGCAGAUGCCGAAGUUCUUAAAUUGGACCUUCAGGAAGAGAUCCAGAAGGAACAGAUUGAGAGGGAGCAAUCUCAAAAGAAGAAGGUCAUUAUUGAGGAAAUUGUAAGUCCGAUUUGGGGGAAAUUAACCAAGAUGGAGAGAGAAGAACUUGCUCUAAAACACAAAAUCAAAGGGAAUGAAUACUUUAAGACAAAUGACUUCGAAGAUGCACAUCGGGAAUACACUAAAUGCAUUGAGAUUAACCCAUCAGCUGUUGGAUUCAACAACAGAGCGAUUGCAAACAUCAAACUCAAUCGUUUCAAAGAAGCUAUUGAAGACUGCGACGAAUGCUUAAAAUUGGAGCCCAAAAAUCUUAAAGCACUUUUGCGAAAAGCUCAAGCCCUGCAAUUGGAUGAUUGUAAAAGAUCUGCUUAUGAAGUGCUUCAGGAAAUUCUAGAGAUUGAUCCAGAAAACUCGUCAGCUCUUAAAUCCAUCGCAAAACUCAAGCAAGAAAUUCCCCUUCCACCAAAGGGAGCUUUUAGAAUGAAAAUAGAACAAAUCCCCGAAGAAUCUGAAGUUGAUCUCUCCAAAUUGAUAGUUCCCAACAAAAUCGUGAAGAGUAAGAUAUCUACAGUAGCUCAGAACAUCGGAAAGAUUUGUGGGAGAGCCCCCGAAAAGCGGAAAGAAGGUCAAACAACUCAUGAUAAGAAAAUUGAUGAUAUCGUCCUAACUCCACUCCGAGCUGCAAACGCGUGUGAAUCACGUGAAGCUUUCAUUGAAGAAAUUUUUGAUUAGAUGCAACACUAAUUAGGAAUAUUAUUUAAACAGCCGUUAAUUAAACAUUGAAAUGUGGAGAUUUAUUUGAUUCACCUGCAUAAUUUCUGAAAUUGCAAUAAAAAUUAAAAUGUUGCACGAGUAAUUGCCGUGAUAAUCGCCUCAUGGUGUCUGUAUUUGGGUCGAGUGAGAUGUUCUGGACAGUUUUUAAUGGAAAAUUUAGCGAUAAUUUUCAGAUUAUUGCACUCAAAGAAUGAAUGA